UUCGAGGAAAGAACUUCAAGAAGCAUAAUUUUCCGCAGAGCCUCGCAGAUCCUCCUUCCAAGAGCUUUCAAGUCGGUUGUGCAUCUCAGUUCCCCGUCGCACCAGCCUUACAUGUAUACCAGAUCGCGUCCGGCGUUGUCAUCUUCACCGGUAUGUUGGGGAUUGAAGACCUUUCUCUUGCCCUAGAUGUAUCAUCGCGUCCGGAUUCCACAUUUGACAGAAAACCUCAAACGUAUAAAUACGGUCAUACAGCUUAGUUGUCCUUCAUCGACUCGCCCCCGCAAUGUUUGUUCAGGCUUCUUGGUCUCUCGUUGCCCUUGCUGCGUCUGCAUUUGCCUCGCCCGCUGCGAGAGCAGGCAUUCAAGCUCGUACUGCGAUCACUACCCUCACUACAGCUCAGAUUGAGGUGUACAAGCCCUACACGUACUACGCCAGCGCCGGCUACUGUUCUCCUACCACGACGAUCAACUGGUCCUGCGGAACAAAUUGCGAGGCGAAUCCUACCUUCGUUCCUGUUGCGUCAGGGGGCGACGGUGAUAGCAUCCAAUUUUGGUUUGUCGGAUACGAUCCAACUUUGCACAGCGUAAUAGUCUCCCAUCAAGGAACUGACACAGCAGAGAUCCUCUCCAUCGUCACUGACGUCGAAUUUGCGCUCAAGGCAGUCGAUUCUACUUUGUUCCCCGGAGUGAGCUCAAGCGUAGAAGUUCAUGAUGGGUUUGGAAAGGAACAGGCGCAGACUGCGACUGCUGUUCUAGCAGCUGUGAAAAAGGCAAUGUCCGCUCAUUCUACUACCACUGUCACUACCACCGGUCACUCUCUAGGAGCCGCGAUUUCACUUCUUGACGCUCUCUAUCUUUCACUUCAAGUGCCCACUGCCACCGUGAACUUUAUCGGAUAUGGUUUACCUCGUGUCGGUAAUCAAGCAUUCGCCAAUCUCAUGGACUCCAAGUUUCCAAACCUCGUUCACAUCAACAACAAAGAAGACAUAGUUCCCAUUGUUCCCGGUAGACUUUUGGGCUAUGUGCAUCCAUCUGGGGAAAAGCAUAUUUUGGAUUCUAACGCAUGGGUGGCGUGUCCAGGGCAAGAUAAUACUAGCACUCAAUGCAGCACUGGCGAUGUGCCGACUAUAUUGAGCGGAGAUGUCGAUGACCAUUUCGGCCCAUAUGAUGGUAUCGAUAUAGGAUGUUAAUUAAAUUUCAGGUUUUUUUUGUCUUUUCAUGAGCUUGUGGGAUAAAUGUCUUGUAAGGCUUCAUGUAUAAUGUACUCACCGUAAUGUAAUUCAGAGAUUGAUGUUCUAGGAUGUUCUGAAGCACAGGGAAGUACAGACCUGUUAGAACAGACGCGCUCUUAAUUUUUACGCGUUUUGAUGAUAGUGGGUGAUGAUUGAUCGGAACCAGC